CACUUUUUGUCUUCAAGGCUACUGCGAGAUAAAACGAGACGCCCUAUCUUAAUAUGUUCGCGGCGCACCUGCGGACCCCUGCCGUGGGGUGCAUGAGCGACGAUCAUCUCCACUGCGAUGUCGGCUUUCUACUUCACUCAGGUCGUGUAGGUAUAUGAUGAUCGAGCAUUCCUCAGCGGCGAUCAAGUAUGUCGGCUCGCACUUGCUCUAAGCAUGGCGUCGUCCAACAGCGACAUCUGGUCGGCUGAGAAGUACAAGACUGCGGCGAGCUUCGUUCCGGCCCUAACCACGACUGUCGUGAAGUACCUGGACGUUCAGCCCCACGACCAUAUUCUGGACAUUGGUUGUGGAGAUGGCACGCUCACAACUCAACUGGCCAAAACAGCCUCUUCCGGGCGAAUACUCGGCCUGGAUGCUUCUCAGUCAUUCAUUGCAAGUGCGCAGAAGCAACACACGACCGACGCAUGUUCUUUCAAAUUACAGGACUGCACCCAACUCGACGCAUGUUCAGAUGUAGACGGCAGCUGGGACAAGGUCUUCAGCAAUGCAGCCUUACACUGGAUCUUGCGGAAGCCCGACACGCGUGUUGAUGUCUUUCGCAACGCACAUAAAGCGCUCAAGUCAGGCGGUCGGCUAGUCUUCGAGAUGGGUGGCGCAGGCAACGUUGCCGAGGUGCAGGCCGCUUGCACUGCAGCGUCGCUUCACUGCGGGCUGUCGAUCAGCGAAGCUCGAGAGGCGAAUCCAUGGUUCUUUCCUAGCGUCAAGUGGAUGGAGCAAACCUUGGCCGACGUAGGCUUCAGUGUCGAGAUAUGCGAGUUGGAGUAUCGGCCAACAAAGCUCAACCCAGACACGCCAUCUGGCGAAGGUGGGCUUAUUGGAUGGUUGAAGCUACUAGCUGCGCCCUACAUCACAGCUGUUCCGGAGUCGAAGAGGGAAGCCUAUCUCCAAGAGGUCUGUGAUGUGCUGGAUCCCAUCAUGACCCACGAGGAAGAUGGGACGAAAUGGAUGGGCUACACAAGGUUACGCGCAGUUGCGCGAAAACCCUAAGCCGCUCAGCGGCACGCUAGCUCACAUCGUCGUCGCAAGAGAUCACGAGCCUUCCGCUGCAAGCCGAUGUACACAACGCGUGUUCGCCUAUUCAUCGGUGAGAAGGCACGCUUGGGUCGGCUU